UCCAGUUGGUUGUUGGUUCUGUUUCUGCUGCCUUAGCCUUCUGUCAAAAAAUUACAAGAAGUACAAAAAGUUCUCAUAAAUCUUCUCUCGUGUCGCAGCAAUAAAUUUCUAUUCCGCACUUAAAUCGGAAAAUUAUAAAUUAAAAUACAACUUACAGCAAACGAGCUUGGAAGACACGUUUUCAUUAAUACUUAGCCAUGGCUCAUAUCCUAGAGAAUCAGCUUAUGAAUGCGGCUCAGCAUAUCGAACAACAAUUGGACCAGCAGUUGGAUCGUUUGGAGAGUCUGGGGACGGAUGACCUGCAGAUGAUACGCGAACAACGAAUCAAAGAAAUGAAGGAGCAAACCAAAAAGAAACAAGAAUGGUUGGCUAAUGGUCAUGGAGUUUACUCAGAGCUGGCUGAUGAAAAAGAAUUCUUUGAAGUGUCGAAAAAAUCACCAAACAUCGUGUGCCAUUUCUAUAGAGACUCAACCGAAAGAUGUCGCAUCGUUGAUAUGCAUUUGAAAAUCCUAGCUGCCAAGCAUGUUGAAGCGAAAUUCUGCAAAGUAAAUGCUGAAAAAUCACCAUUCCUCACUCAGAGACUGAGAAUCAAAAUCAUACCCACUAUUGCUUUAGUUAAGGAUAGUAAAACAAAAGACUUUAUUGUUGGCUUCACAGAUUUGGGCAAUUGUGAUGAUUUCUCAACAGAUAUGCUCGAAUGGAGAAUAGCACAAUCGGGAGCAAUUGAUUAUAAGGGAGACCUGAUAAAUCCACCGGAUUCAAAGAAAUCAACCAAGAGCUUUAUCAAUCGACCAAAAAAGGCAAUUCGUGGGGGUUAUGACUCGGAUGACUCUGACAUCGAUUUCGAUGACUAGCGGCGGUAGAUUAUCUAAGCAAGUCCGUUUCCGUGUCCCUUCCUAACAAACGCCCCCAAGUCUUAGCGAUAUAGAUACAAUCUUUUCGAUCAUUUUGAUUUCUUUUAUAAACAAGUAUACAUGCUGAAAAAAAAUAAAUUAUUAGUAAGAACAAAUAAUAAGUAAAUUCGUGUCUCACACAAUAGUUUGUAAAAGGAAUAUGAGAUAGGAACUAAAAAGAAAACUAAUUUAGAGCAAAAUAAGCAAGAAAACUAAA